UGUUGUUUUUUAUUUCACUUACUGUGGAAGUCACUCAAAAAUAACGCGACAGCUGAUGUGAUCAGUUCUGAACUGCAGUCAGGCAACGAGAUGGACCCGGUUAAAUUUAUAAGUGCGAUUAUCACCAGAGCGCUGUUUAUCGUGGUUGCUCUCAUCGGAGUGUUGAGGGUGAUAUCUGUGAAGAAAGACAAUAAUUACUGGUUGCUGACUUUGCUCUUGUUGCCGCUCGUUGUGGAAAUGAUAAUAACACUGAAGAAGCGAAAAGGACAGGAUUACAAAUGGUUUUCCCCUCCUAUCUUUUUGUUUCUCAUCACUAUUAUUCCCUCCAUCUGGAUUCUGGAGUUGCAACACCAGCUGGACAAAGCCAGUGAUCUUCAGUGCAAAAAGCUUGAUUCUUGGGACAGUCUGCAAAAACUGCUGAAUCGAAGCACCGUCCAAGGAAAUGUCACAAACCAGAAUUUCCUGAAGAUGUUGUCUACUGUCUGCGCAAAUGACUGGAUCCUGGCUCUUCAUCAGAUCGUGCUCAUCCUCCUCAUUGUGGGGAAGUGGCUCCUGCCUUUGGGAGGCGGGAUCACAAGAGAUGAGCUGUCUCAACUUCUUCUAAUCUUUGUUGGCACAGCAGCGGACAUCCUGGAAUUUACUAGUGAGACGCUAUCAGAUGUAAAGGAGAAAAAUCCUGCUCUGGUCUACGUUAUCUUAGGUGUAUGGACCUGGAGUAUGUUGCAGUUUCCACUACAUCUAGCAGUGGUGAACGCCAAACCUGAUGGAGAGGAUGGAGGAGAGGAUCAGGGUUCCCUGGAGGCCUCCCUCUUGACUAAAUACAGCACUGAUAUUUGGAGUGUCUUAGAGGCCUUUUUUAUCCAGGAUGGGCCUUUUCUGGUGGUCCGGCUCACUGUUAUUACCCACUUCACUGUCUUCCACCAGAUGCUUGGUUUCUUUGCCAUCAAGAACUCCCUCGUGGUUGCCCUGAACUUGUACAGGUUGGUUGUUAUAUGGCAGGAAUACAGACGCUCGAGCAGCAACACUGCUGGGACCAGCCCCAACCCAGUGAGUCUAAUUAGUCAGCCCUGAGAGGAGAGGGGAAUCUGGGAGAUGGAUAUGUAUUACAAUAAACAUUUUUAAAGUUAAAAUCAAAGGGUAAAAACUGUCGCUGGAGCAGGAGAAAAAGGAAGUCAUUACUUUCUGUUUGUUUUCUUCUCACACUUCUAUUGUAUGAAAUCUAUAGGUUGUGAUUAACUUAUGCAGUUCCCACCCAUCAGUGCAGAAGAAGCCAGACAUGAAGAUAGAAGAGUAGAUAAGAAGUCUGGUGUCUGGCUGACAUGAAUUGAGGGCAACAAACCUGGAAAAGAGAACGAUGAUUGGAUACUUGUGUAUGAUAUACUCUGGAUGUGUGAGAGAGUGAGAUAAUAAUACACAGAAAUGUUCCUGUUUUAACUCAGUCAGAAAGUUGAAACUGAUGUAUAAAAAAAAACCUCCAGUGGCUGGUAGCUUUUAGGUCCUUUAUACCUUUUGGAUGCUUAUAAGUCAAAAAGUGUAUGGGUGAUAGGGUGAUAAUUACAUCAUUAAAUGAUAGUGACAUCUGUGACUAAAACAGGUGAAUCAUCUUGCAUUUGUACAAAGACUGUAGAUAAAUAAAACUGCACUCAGGUAAUGAGCUCUGUUUGAGUUGUUCUGAAUGCCUUUGAAACCUCAAUUUAUUACAGCUUUAAAAUGAUUUUAUGUGAAGACCUUAAUUUAGCUGGUCAAGGAAUGAAAAUACGUGUAAUGUUUUGGUUAUGUUAAUUUUUGCACAUUAU